UGCUUUGAGUGCGGGUGUGUGUGUGCUCUGCUCAUCUGCUUGGAGAAUAGAAUGGGCAGCCCAAAUACAUUAGGAAUAUUUGCCGUUUUUGUGUUGUUACUUUAUCUGUCAACCGCCCAAGGUAACGACGUGGAGGGCAGAGCCCGUCAGUUCUUCAGCAGUGGGCAUACCAAUAAUUGGGCAGUGCUGGUGUGCACAUCCAGGUUCUGGUUUAACUACAGACAUGUAGCCAACACUCUUUCAGUGUACAGAAGUGUGAAGAGACUUGGAAUCCCAGAUAGUCACAUUGUUCUGAUGCUGGCGGAUGACAUGGCAUGUAACCAUAGAAACCCCAAACCAGCGACUGUGUUCAGCCACAAAAACAUGGAAUUGAAUGUGUACGGUGACGACGUGGAGGUGGACUAUCGAGGAUAUGAGGUGACCGUAGAAAAUUUCCUGAGAGUUUUGACAGGGAGGCUGCCACCAAGCACCCCUCGGUCGAAGCGUCUGCUGUCAGAUGACCACAGCAACAUCUUAAUAUAUUUGACUGGUCAUGGGGGAAAUGGUUUUUUGAAGUUCCAGGACUCUGAGGAGAUCAGCAAUGUGGAACUGGCAGAUGCUUUUGAGCAGAUGUGGCAGAAACGACGGUAUCAUGAGCUGCUCUUCAUCAUAGACACCUGCCAGGGGGCCUCCAUGUAUGAGAGGUUCUACUCCCCCAACAUCAUGGCCUUGGCCAGUAGCCAGGUCGGAGAGGACUCACUCUCGCACCAGCCUGACUUGGCCAUUGGAGUUCACCUGAUGGACAGGUACACCUUUUACCUGCUGGAGUUCCUGGAGGACAUACACCCAUCCAGUCAGGCCAACAUGAAUGACCUGUUCAAAGUAUGUCCCAAGAGCCAGUGUGUGUCCACUCCAGGUCACCGUACGGACCUGUUCCAAAGGGACCCUGGCAGCGUGCUUAUCACUGACUUUUUCGGCAGUGUCCGCAAGGUGGAGAUCACCACGACAACUAUUAAUUUGACAGCCCCUGCAGCCCCUGUUCCGAAGGAGAAGGAAGCAAGGCUCUUCACAGAGGAGCGUCCCAGUCAGACGUUCACCUAUGUGAACCAGCUGCCUGUGGCUGAGAUCAUUCACCAGAAACCCAAGCAGAAGGACUGGCACCCGCCCGACGGCUUCAUCCUGGGCCUCUGGACCCUCAUCCUGCUCGUUUUCUUCAAGACCUACGGCAUCAAACACCUCAAGCACAUCUUCUGAGAGCGAGAGAGAGAGAGAGAGAGAGAAGAAACUGUGUGGAGAACGAGUGGCAUGGGCUGGAGAACUGUGUGGAGAACUUCUCUUCACCCUUGUUGCUUCUGUGUCCAGUGGCGAGCACAAAGAGAGUCAGGUCUCUCAAGGAAAUACUUGAAUACCUUUCGGGAACUGUUCAAAUUUGUUUUUACUCUUUCGACUACAUCUCUGACUGUUGUUCCAAGUCCCACUAAACUGUAGUUAUCUUAAUACCUGUGUGUCAGCUGACAAACUGACUUUGCCCUCUGCAGCAGUGUCCUUUCAUGCAUAACUGUAGUAGUGAACUGCAGGGAGCGUACCCUUUUGCUGUGGGAUUUUAAAUGCAUUUAGAGUGCUGAGGAAAUGAAUCACUGGCCUGCGGUGUUGCUGCAUAUUUACUCAAUUAAUAGUUCAGUAAUGGAGCUCUCUGUCUUGCAAAUCAGCACCUGGCAUCAAAGAACACUCUUUUCUGUACGUUUUCUCUCCCAUUUUCAGACCAUACCGGUAGUGCGGCCACUGACCCUUUUGAAUAUUAUUCUUGCCAUAUAGAAAUGUCAUAGCUCCUGAGGAAGAUCCGGGAAUGGGGUUGAGUCCUGCUCUGUAAUACUGUACUACUGCAGUCUACAGACACUUUUGCACUGCAUUCAACGUUUAAGAUAUGUAUUAUGUAGUUCAGACAGUCUGUAAUGGCUUGGGGAAUGUAAGUGUUCCUACACCAGAUGGAUGCAUUUGAGCUCUGGAUAAAGACUUUUAUUAAAUUAAGGAAUGAAACUGAUAUGCUUGAGCCAUUUUUUGUCAACCGACACUGUUUUUUGUUUAUCUCUAAAGAGCUGCAGUUGAAUGUCUUGGGUGUGUGUGAAAGUUUUUGUAGUGCUGUGUCAGCUUCUUGGCUGUUGCAAACAGUUUCAGACCAAUGUGUGAAUCUUGUACUGCAUGUUUUUCUUUUUUUCUGUCCUUGCUCUUGCUGAAGGUGAUGUUUUAUUAUUUCUCUGUUGAGUGACAUUCUGACGUGUCACUUCAAAUAAAAAUGAAAAAAAAGUCACUUGGAGAGCUC